CUCGUGCAGUUUCCGCUUCCCGUCCGUCAGCUGUGUUCACGCUGGCUUCUUCAUGUGGUUGUGAAUAUGUCGUAGUUUAAUAUACGCAUGGCCAACGGAAGAGCUUCCAGUGAGUGUAUAUAGAAUAUAUAUUACAUAAAUAUAGGAUCAACAAAUAGACAGGGUCCUGCUUGCUUCGACCGUUGGUUGCCGUGGUCAUCAUCAUCUUCAUCAUCAUCGUCGUCAUCAUGAUCCAAGAAAGUUGUUGACUGUUGCUGUGGUGACCCAACAAAAUAAUUAAGUAUAUCACGAAUAAAAAAAAAAAGUGAUAAAUAUCCGGUAAUCGGCAAAUUUUGAAAUUUCCUAACAAAUUAAUUCUACGUUUUGGAGAAGUGAAAUCUUGCUUUUUUUUUUGCAUUUUUAAAAACUUUUUCUUUGUUUUUCAAAUUUCUUUAUUAUUGAUUGAAAAAAAUUUUUUAAUUUCGAAUUCAAUUCAUUUCUCUCAUUUUACAAAUUCAGAAAAGAAUAUAAUAAUAAUAAUGAUCCAUUUUACUAUAGGCACAAGGCCUGAAAUUUUGUGGGGAGGGGCGAGUUGAUUUCCUUGACCCCCCACCCCAAUGCUGGACUACAGCUUGCUUUGUUAACCCCAUGAGGACGAAGAGCCAAAUUUGACCUCAACAUAAUUAGAACUGAGAGCAUGAAACCAGGAGAAAUAAUAAUAAUAAUAAUGUUGAUUUCAAGUUUGGUGUAAGGCCUGCAAUUCCAUCGACCCCCAGAACACUACUGAUACUUCAUUCAUUUCACCCUGAAAGAAUAAAAGAUGAAGUUUGAUUUUGGUGGAAUUUGAACUGACAAUAUAAGAAAUAAUAAUAAUAAUAUUAUGAGAAGGUAUAUGUGUUUCUUAAUUGGAUAUUAAUUAAACAGGUGUACGACAUUUUGAAUUCAUGGACAGUGAGGAGGAAAUGCCAGACUCAGAGGUACUUUUGCCGAGUGUUGCGAAACCAGCUGUUGUUGGUUCAAAACGCAGGCGUGUCAAACGUAAGGGGAAUCCAGCCACUGGCUCCAAGAUGGGGUCUGGUUCCACAGCGACUUCGACUUCAUCAAACAAGGUCCGAAUCACGGAGUCUACAGUGGCGGCAACGGCAGUGAUGACAGCAGUGACCACCAACACCACCACCACCAGCGGGGCCACUGUAUCUCAUGUGAGUAGUAAAAAGCAAUCGCGUAAGAACUCGACGAGCCGACAGGAGGCUCAGAAGGAAACGAAGGGCGGUCAGGCUUCAGUGGCACUGACCCCUAGUACGGCCGUAGUGAGUACAGGGGGCGAGAGUAGGCCCUCGUCAACGACGAGCCUGGACACGUCGACCGUAACACCACCGCCCCCUUUGCCACCCCAACUGCACCCGCACCCUUCCCUGCUGGUGAAGGAGACCCAUGCCUCGUUUAACGAACCCGUCGUCAGUGAGUACAGCUUAACCCCGAGUCUACUCGACGAGGUGCUCUCACAGAAAAAACUCAGGCUCUUACGGUCCCCCGAUGUGGUGAAAUUCUUCAAACAACGACAACAGCAGACCCUGUUGGCCAACAGCCGGAGCAUACGGGGCUUAGGACAGCUUUCGGUGACCACCACCACUAACGUUGCUGAUAGGACUCACUUCAAAAACUGACAACUUUUUACUUACAAAAAAAAAAAAAAAAUUGAGACUCUCUUUUUUAAAAAA